AUGGAGACCCUGAAGGACAAGAGCCUGGAGGAGCUGGAGCAGAUGCAGAACGACCUGGAGACCAUUGACCGGCUGGCCCUGGAGUCCCCUGAGGUCCAGGACCUGCAGCUGGAACGGGAGAUGGCCCUGGCCACCAACCGGAGCCUGGCCGAGCAGAACCUGGAGUUCCAAGCACCCCUGGAGAUCAGCCGCUCAAACCUCCUGGACAAAUACCAGGAGCUGCGGAGGCUGGUGGAGCGGUGCCAGGAGCAGAAGGCGAAGCUGGAGAAAUUUUCCUCAGCGCUGCAGCCAGAAACCUUGUUGGACCUCCUGCAGGUGGAGGGCAUGAAGAUCGAAGAGGAGUCCGAGGCCAUGGCUGAGAAGUUCCUAGAGGGCGAGGUACCCCUGGACACGUUCCUGGAGAAGUUCUCCUCCAUGCGGAUGCUGUCUCACCUGCGUCGUGUCCGCGUAGAGAAGCUGCAGGAAGUGGUGCGGAAGCCCCAGGCACCCCAGGAGCCGGCUGUGGAUGCCCUGCCGCCCCGGCCACUGCCUCCACCUCGCCCCGCUCCUGUGGCAACACCGCCCGUGGCUGAGGAGCAGCCGCAGCCACCUCAGCUGCCUGCCGUCCCCUCCUACCCCCUGCCCUACAGCCCGUCCCCCGGAAUGCCUGUGGGCCCCACUGCCCGGGGGCCGCUGCCGCCAGCCCCCUUCCCAGUAGUCUCCCAGCCCUCCUUCUCCUACAGUGUGCCUUCCGGGCCCACUUUCCCACCCACACAGCCAGGAGCCAGGCCUGUGGGGGGCUACUCCUGGUCCCCUCAGAGGAGCGUACCACCCCGGCCUGGCUAUCCCGUAGCCCCGGCUGGCAGCUCUCCCUCUGGCCCCGGGUACCCCUUGCCUGGAGGCCGAGCCCCUAGUCCUGGUUAUCCUCAACAACAGCCCCCCUACCUCUCCACAGGAGGGAAGCCUCCGUACCCCACUCAGCCACCUCUCCCCAGCUUCCCAGGACAGCCCCAACCCCCCUAUCCGCCAGGGCCAGCCCCUCCUUACGGCUUCCCGCCCCCUCAGGGUCCCGGCUGGCCAGGGUACUAG